UAUAGAAAUAGUAUAGCAGUAGUAAUAGUCGUCGUAGUAAUAGAUUACAGCUCACGCAUUUCGAUAUAGACCUCGCACCAACCAACUCCUCUUCUUCUCAGUCGAAGCCUCCUCUAUUAAAGCCACUAUGAUAGCUCUAAUCUGAUCUACACCCGACCACCAAUCGAAUAAAGACCUCUGAGAAACACUCGGUUGCAUUUCGCUUCAUUGCUCCUAGGAUCGAUCAGCUGAGAUGGGCUAUGGCAGACUUGGAGGCGGCACAGAAGAGACGGACCAACCAGGUGACAGUACCGCCGCACCAGCAAAGCUGUCCUCCUCAACCUGGACCAAGCGGCGGCGGGUCCUAUUCCUCGCUCUCCUCUCCCUCUUGCUGAUCAUCGCUUCCGCGGUAUCUGCUGCAUUGGUGAUCGGGCUGAGGGCUCGGGCUGAGGGCCGAGCUGGGACCAGGAAGCCAACGCGUGCAAUCUCAGGGGCUUGUGCCCACACGCUGUACCCAGCCCUGUGCGUGGAAUCACUCCUCGACUUCCCAGGUUCGACCGCAGCCGGAACGGAGCAGGACCUCGUCCACAUCUCCCUUAACAUGACCCUACAGCGUCUGAGCAAGGCCUUCUACCUCUCCUCUGGCAUCUCUUACCUCGAGAUGGACCCUCUCGCCCACUCUGCAUACGACGACUGCCUCGAGCUACUCGAGGACUCGGUCCACGCCCUCUCGCGGGCCCUCUCCUCUGUCGUGCCCUCGGAGGGGGAGGGAUCAGAGGGCAGGGGAUCCACCCAAGAUGUGUUGACAUGGCUCAGUGCAGCCUUAACGAACCAGGACACGUGUUCGGAAGGAUUCGACGGAGUGGUGGGGCCCGUGAAGGAUCAGAUGUCAGAAAAGCUGAAGGACCUGUCGGAGCUCGUUAGCAACUCCCUGGCUAUAUUCUCGGCCAUCGGCGGUGGCAGUGGCGACUUUGCGGGAGUGCCGAUACAGAACCGGAGAAGGUUGAUGGAGGAGGAGAGCAUGAUCAACGGGAGGUUUCCAAGAUGGCUGAGCAAGCGGGAGAGGGAGCUGCUGGACAUGCCGGCGGCGGAGAUCCAGGCGGACAUAGUGGUGUCCAAGGAUGGAGGGCAAGGGACCCUCAAGACGAUAGCAGAGGCGAUCAAGAAGGCACCGGAGCACAGUGACAGGCGUACUAUUAUCUACGUCCGAGCCGGGAGGUACGAAGAAGACAUGCUGAAGGUUGGGAGGAAGAAAACGAACUUGAUGUUCAUUGGUGACGGGCCGGACAAGACAAUCAUCACCGGCAAGAAGAGUGUCGCCGACAAGAUGACUACUUUCCACACCGCUUCUUUUGCGGCCACUGGUUUCGGUUUCAUUGCCCGGGACAUGACCUUCGAGAACUAUGCGGGACCAGGGAAGCACCAGGCGGUGGCCCUCCGGGUCGGGGCCGACCACGCGGUGGUCUACAGAUGUACCAUCAAGGGGUACCAGGACACCCUCUAUGUCCACUCGAACAGACAGUUCUUCCGGGAAUGCGACAUCUAUGGCACGGUGGACUUCAUCUGUGGGAACGCUGCAGUGGUCAUCCAGCACUGCAACAUCUACGCCCGGAAGCCCAUGGCUCAGCAGAAGAACACCAUCACUGCCCAAAACAGAAAGGAUCCUAACCAGAACACCGGGAUAUCAAUCCACGCGUGCCGUAUCCUUGCCACCUCUGACUUGGAGGCAUCCAAAGGCAGCUUCCCGACAUAUCUGGGCCGUCCAUGGAAGCUGUACUCGAGGGUCGUGUACAUGUUGUCCUACCUGGGUGACCACAUCCAUCCCCAGGGGUGGCUCGAGUGGAGCUCGACCUUUGCUCUAGACACACUGUAUUACGGAGAGUACAUGAAUAAUGGACCUGGGGCGGGAGUGGCGCAGCGGGUCAAGUGGCCUGGCUAUCGGGUCAUAAAAUCACCGGCUGAAGCCAGUAAAUUCACAGUGGCACAGUUCAUAUAUGGUUCGUCGUGGUUACCCUCUACCGGAGUGGCCUUCAUGGCUGGAUUAUCAGUUUAAGCAGAACUAGAGUCUAGAAGCAUAACUAUCCAAGUCUUGAAACAAACGAAGACAGAGGUUCUUCCCUAAUUCCAUUAAGAUACAGUUGUUUUUGUAAUUUUGGGUCCAUAUAUUUUUUUUCAGCAAAUGUACUCAUAAAUCAUAAUUAUGACGAAAUGUAAGAAGGACAUGGAACUUCAACUUGUCCACAUCAAAUCAAAUUCCUCAUGGGACUCCUCACA